AUGAUUAACCGCACGAACAGUAUGUAUUAUGUACCAGGAUCCCAAGUCGAACAAAAAUGUCCAUCAUAUGUUAAAAACAAUUUGAUGUUAAGGUUGCCGUCGUCAUAUCAUUUCCUACCCCACCUUCUGGACGACCAGAACAGCCUCCGCCUGGCCUACUUGAUGUCCAGAAACCGCAAUGGCGUCUCCAUGGUGAUGGGCGUACCAACGGUACGACGCGAGAAGCAGUCUUAUUUGAUGGACACCCUGCAGAACCUAAUAGAUGGGAUGACCACUCAGGAGGCUGACGAUGCACUGAUCGUGGUUUUUAUUGGAGAGGUAAGUUUCAAUGUAUUUUUUUUUAACUUUCUAUAA